AUGGGUGCCCCGCCAUCAACCUCUGCUUCUGCCGCCCGCCCCUCGUCGUCCCACUAUAUCGAGAGCAAUCACAAGUACUACGAUGCUAUGCCUCGAAAGCACUACCGCGAUGUCGUACACGAUGCCUACACUCGCCUCACUCCCGACCAGCUAUCGCUAUUUGCACUCAUACGGGGAUUGCCGACAAAUGGGUCGCCCCAUGAACUUGCCGCACGGCUCGCGCACCACGAUCUGCACACCUAUGCCUUCCCCACCCCUGCUCACCCACCAACGCCACCACCAGAAUCCGACUCGGAAUCGCAGCAGAAUAUUGCGGUGGAUGUAGACAUCAGGCCUCCUCCGACUCUGACACAUGCGCAAGCGCGCGCAUCGAGUACACUGCCUUCGCCCGUCCAACUUCCCGAGCGCCCGCAUUCUUCUCCACCAACAGACGCCGCGCGGAUACACGCCCGCGCACUCUCCGCCCCCGCCCCUCGUCCUCCCGCAUCAUCAGCACCAUCAUCACGCAAACCCCGAGCCCAACUUCCGGUAGAGAUCAUGGCCGAUAUCCUCGAUACCGUAGGCGACUGGGAACUUUCGAAGGCUGUCGGUCUUCCCACAGCUUUACCGCCUCCUCUAGCCUGGGCUCGCGCAAACGGGACGGACCAUGCCCUUCUCACCGGGUACUUGCCCCUUCUAAUCUCGGCCGACCCCGAUGCGCACCCUCCUACGGCCGUAGGAGCCACUUUGACGGUCCGAUUUGGGUACACGCAUAUUUUGGCGUAUUUGUUCCGCGCACAUCGACCGGUGUUCACGAGGAUGUUCAAGUCGGAUUUGAUUCCUCUUACGGCUAUGGCGCAUGGGCGGAUACAAGUGCUCGAGUGGUGGCUUUCCCGCGUCAGCUCUGGCGAAUUGCAGCCUGUGAAGAACGAGAAAGCCGCGGAAGCGCUAGAGAACGCCAGUCGGGCAGGACAGGCAAGGGCACUGGAGUGGUGGAGGGUCAAGGGGCUUCCUCUGAUCUGCUCUGAGGCAGCGUUGGAGGCGGCUAGUGCGCGCAAUGCGCUUGGCGUACUGGAUUGGUGGGCGGAGCAGGCAAGAGCGGGGCGUAUCGUCUUGAAAGUCGGCAGGGUGAUGGACACCGCAUCUUCGGCUGGUGCGGUUGGCGCUCUGGACUGGUGGGCGCGAUCCGGACUGGACUUCACGUAUGAUCGUGCCGCUUUGGCGCAUGCCUCGUGUCAAGGCCGUGUCGACGUUCUUGAAUGGUGGGCGCACUCCGGGAUGCAGUUGUUCUUCGAUGGCGACGCGCUGGUGGGCGCUACAAGGCACGAUAGACCGGAAGUGCUGCAGUGGUGGGCGGAGAGCGGCCUCGGAAUUACCUAUAGGCUGUGCGAUAUUGAGGAGGCGUUGGAGGAUGCGAUCGGAGGGGGCGAGAGGGCGAGGGAGUGGUGGAGGAGAAAGGGAGUUGAUUUUGACGCGGGCGAUGCGGAGUGGAUGAAGGUUUGCUCAUUGAACUAG